CUGUCUUUUUCCUGGUAACGUUCACGUUAGCUAAACAGAUUAUUGGGAGUUAAUGUCCCACGGAUCGGUUGUUGUGUUGUAAUUUGCAGAUUCCACGUUGACGUUAAAUUCAAGAUGCAAACUAUCAUAGCAACAUUACCGUUAUAGAAACACCUCAGUGCGUAAAUCUCCGAUGCAUAUUUUGGUUGGCUUCGAUGUAUUUACAUCACGAGAACGCAUUCAUUUUAACGCUUUGGCGUUAACAAAUUCAACUAAUCGUAGCCAACAAUAAGAGGCUAUAACCUUACCCAGUGAAACAACAGGCUGUUGUGAUGUCAGAGCCUAAACCACCUACUCCAACCCCUGGAGACACGUAUAAGGGUUGGCUCUUCAAAUGGACUAACUACAUUAAAGGUUACCAGAGACGCUGGUUUGUUCUGAGCAAUGGACUGCUCUCUUAUUACAGGACCCAGGCAGAGAUGGGUCACACAUGCAGAGGCACCAUCAACUUGGCCACAGCCAAUAUUGCUGUGGAGGACUCGUGCAAUUUUGUCAUUUCCAACGGAGGUGCGCAGACCUACCACUUGAAGGCCAGCUCUGAAGUAGAGCGCCAGCGAUGGAUCACUGCUCUGGAGCUGGCCAAGGCAAAGGCCGUCCGAAUGCAGGCUGAAUCUGAUGACUCAGGUGAUGAUUGUCCUUCAGUGCCGCCCACCUCAGGACAGGGUGGAGGCUGCCGUAACUUAGAAAUCCAGUCCACACUACGCACACUGGGCAGCAAGGUGGAGGACCUCAACACCUGUAAUGAUCUCAUUGUCAAGCAUGGAUCUGCUCUCCAAAGGUCUUUGUCAGAACUUGAGGGAAUCCGUGUUGGAGCAGACAUGGGGGAAAAGAUGAGACAAGUUACAGAGAGAGCCACACUGUUUAGAAUCACCUCUAAUGCCAUGAUUAAUGCAUGUAGAGACUUCCUCUCCCUGGCCCAGAACCACGGUAAGCGCUGGCAGAAGGCCUUACAGGUUGAAAGAGACCAGAGGAUCCGGCUGGAGGAGACUCUGGAGCAGCUGGCCAAACAGCACAAUCACUUGGAAAGAGCUUUCAGAGGAGCUACUGUUCUCCCCUCUUCUUUCAGCAAUCCCACCCUAUGUAGCAAAGGUGGUGUUCCGGGAAAAGGUGAUGCUAGUGAUGAGGAUGAUGACAAUGAGUUCUUUGAUGCUAUGGAAGACCCAGCAGAGUUUAUUACUGUCCCUGCUGAUCCCAAGUAUCACAGGAGAUCUGGCAGCAACAAUAGUGGGUUCAGCAGUGAGAUUGGAAUGGACGAUCAGUCGGUAAAUUUUGAUGAGCUGUCUAUGGCAUCCAACCCUGAGUCUCCACAGCCCCUUGAGCUAGAGCCAGUUAGACAAAGACGGACUCGAAUCCCUGACAAACCCAACUAUUACCUCAAUCUGUGGAGCAUUAUGAAGAACUGCAUUGGAAAGGAGCUCUCAAAGAUACCAAUGCCAGUGAAUUUUAACGAGCCCCUCUCAAUGCUGCAACGUCUAUCUGAAGACCUGGAGUACUACGAGCUGCUGGAUAAAGCUGCCAAAUGUCAGAGUUCUCUGGAGCAGAUGUGUUAUGUGGCCGCUUUCACAGUUUCUUCCUACUCUACCACUGUCCACCGCACAGGAAAACCCUUCAAUCCUCUGCUGGGAGAAACCUUUGAGCUUGAUCGGCUAAGGGACUGUGGCUACCGCUCGCUCUGUGAACAGGUGAGUCACCACCCCCCUGCUGCAGCUCACCAUGCCAGCUCUGAAAAGGGCUGGACCCUCAGACAAGAAAUUACCCUGGCCAGCAAGUUUAGAGGGAAAUAUCUCUCUAUCAUGCCUUUGGGUUCUAUCCAGUGUUUGUUUGACAAGACCAACAAUCAUUACUCUUGGAAGAAAGUGACUACAACAGUACACAACAUCAUUGUUGGAAAAUUAUGGAUUGACCAGUCAGGGGAGAUAGAUGUGGUGAACCACAGGACAGGAGAUCGCUGCCACCUUAAGUUUGCUCCCUACAGUUACUUCUCCAGAGAUGUACCAAGAAAGGUAACUGGAGUAGUAACAGAUAAGGAUGGGAAAGCCCAUUACGUGCUAUCAGGAACCUGGGAUGAGAAGAUGGAGUUUUCCAGGGUAAUGCAGAGCAGUAAAGGCGAGAAUGGCACUGAAGGCAAACAGAGGACUGUCUAUCAGACCCUCAAAGCCAAAGAAAUCUGGAGAAAGAACCCUUUACCAGAGGGGGCAGAAAACAUGUACUUCUUCUCCUCACUGGCCUUGACGCUCAAUGAUCCUGAGGAGGGAGUGGCGCCGACAGACAGCCGACGACGCCCUGACCAGAGAUUGAUGGAGGAUGGCCGUUGGGAUGAGGCUAAUGCAGAGAAACAGAGGCUAGAAGAGAAACAGCGCACUGUCCGCCGGGAAAGGGAGAGGGAGGCUGUUAAAGCUAGCUCACCUGAGGAAGCUGUCACUGAGGAUUCAAUCAAUGAUUCACCUUUAAAAACUGAUGCAGUGGAAGCUGGCACAGAGGCAAAUGAGGUUUCUGAUGAAACUGACACAGAGGACUCUCCCCCUCAUACGCCUGUUGCAUCCCCUUAUGGACUAUCACUUGCCCCUUAUCAAAUGGAGGGCAAUGAAGGUCCUAAUGGAGCACAAUACAAAAGCACCCAUCCAGACAACUACCAAGCAAUGUGGUUUGAGAAGUUAGACGACCCCGUUUCCGGAGAGACCUUGCAUGUCUACAAGGGCGGGUACUGGGAGGCGAAAGACCAAGGCAGCUGGGAUGCGUGCCCUGACAUCUUCUGAUUCCAGCUGAGUCGCCGGUCCUCGGCGGUGUACAAACCUUACACCAACUAUAGUGGGGAAUUAAGCCUGACAUCAACCCAUCUUCAGUAUCUGUAGCUUCAACUGAUCACCCCACUUGGCCCCCCUUUUCCAGCAGUGAUUAGCUCAGGUUUAAGGGCAUCUGGACUUCCACCUUGACAUAGAUACAAUGCACAUUGUAGUAUUGUUGUACCAUUGCAGCUGAUUAGUGUGCAGAAUUCCCUCUCACUCACUGCCUCUCAAACACUGAUGUUUAUCCUGGUCCACUGCUUGUUCUCACCCCCGGGUUCUUUGGUAGCACCUUUUGAGUUGCAUUUGGCAGCAGGUUAUUCUUGUAAUGUCAUGCUGAAUUUUCUUUAAAAGCGCUGUUGUCAAAAGGCAUAAUUCAUCUUAUGAUAUACAAGGUUUGCUUAGGGAGAGUGAGCUACUACCUAACAUGUGAAUGAUGUUUAUGACUUUUGCAAUGAAUUUAUUGCAGCUUCCCCACUACAGCACCGCUGUGAGUCAAACUUGAAUAAUCCCCAAUGGUGUUUAAUAUUUCGCACAGUAAAUAUUCAAUAUCAGACCACAUCAAAUGCAUAGAUGCAUGGGCUAAGUGGCCCUGACAUAUAUAAAUGAUGUUUCUUAAAGAAGUAAUUAUUGGCAUAUUUCAACAAUUAUGUUGUUUGUGUCACAAACACUAAUACUAACAUUUGCCUUUGAAUUCAUGGUAAUUUGCGGUGCUACUUUCAUAAAACAAAGUAUAUCAUAACAUCUUAGCCUUUUUUGGCCUUUUUUUUUUUUUUUACUACAACUAGUCCAUUUGAACAUCUUUUUUCCUAAUAGUUCCCCAAGAUUAGACAUGAAAGUGAUUCAUUCUAAUUACUGCAGUGCCCGUUUGGAGCGUGUGCUUGUUUGGAAUGGGCCGAUUGCUUGGUUCCCAGUUGUUUGUUUCUUGACUUUAUCGUGUAAAUUCUCAGAAACAUGACAGAAAAUUCAGUUAGAAACACUUAGUUCCCGCUUCAGCCUGUAGCUCACCCAGUAAGAUCAUUUGCCCCAUGUUGGCUAAGUCCUGCAGUGGCCCGGGUUCAAAUCCAACUUGCAGUCCUUUGCUGCGUGUCGACCCCCACCUCUCUCCCACUUUCAUAUCUAUCCACUGUCCUUUUAAUAAAGGGAGAAGCCCCCAAAAAAUCUU